CCCGGUUCGCGCACACCUGGCCCGCAGGUAGCCGACGCCGGGCGCCUUCUCAGAGGAUCUAAGGGCCUGCGAGCGGGCUCGUCCGCCUCGGGCCCGGGGGGCUCUGCUCCGGUAGCCGUGUCGGCGGGAGCCAUGGACCCGGGCCCGGGGGUCGCUGCGGGAGAAGAGCCACCCGCGCCCCGGCCCCGCCGCCGCCGCCGCUCCCUGCGCCGCCUGUUCAGCCGCUUCCUGCUGGCGCUGGGCAGCCGCUCCCAUCCCGGGGACUCGCCGCCUCGGCCCCAGCCCCAGCCCCAGCCCCAGCCGGGACUCUGCGAUGGCGACGGUGACGGGGGCUUUGCCUGCGCUCCGAGAGCCCAGGGGAGCCCCGGGGAGGAGGAGCGGCCCCCCGGACCCCAGCCCCAGCUCCCCGGCGACGACGGGGCGCGGCCGCCGGGCGCGCAGGGCUUGAAGAACCACGGCAACACCUGUUUCAUGAACGCCGUGGUGCAGUGCCUCAGCAACACCGACCUGCUGGCCGAGUUCCUGGCGCUGGGGCGCUACCGGGCGGCGCCGGGCCGCGCCGAGGUCACCGAGCAGCUGGCGGCGCUCGUGCGCGCGCUCUGGACGCGCGAGUACACGCCCCAACUUUCCGCCGAGUUCAAGAACGCUGUUUCCAAGUACGGCUCUCAGUUCCAAGGGAAUUCCCAGCACGACGCCCUGGAGUUCCUGCUCUGGCUGCUGGACCGUGUGCACGAGGACCUGGGGGGCUCGUCCAGAGGGCCCGCGUCCCAGAAGCUUCCGCCCGAAGCCAGCAAAGCCCCCGAGAACAUCCUGUCACCAUCAGCUCGGCUCCCGCCAGGCCAGAGCUUUGUGCAGAGCCACUUUCAAGCCCAGUACAGGUCUUCGCUGACUUGUCCCCACUGCCUGAAACAGAGCAACACCUUCGAUCCUUUCCUGUGCGUGUCCCUGCCCAUCCCCCUGCGCCAGACGCGGUUCUUGAGUGUCACCUUGGUCUUCCUCUCCAAGAGCCAGCGGUUCCUGCGGGUUGGCCUGGCCGUGCCCAUCCUCAGCACAGUGGCGGCCCUGAGGAAGAUGGUGGCGGAGGAAGGCGGUAUCCCAGUGGAUGAGGUGAUCUUGGUUGAACUGUAUCCUAGUGGGUUCCAGCGAUCUUUCUUUGAUGAAGAGGACCUGAAUAGCAUCGCAGAGGGCGAUAAUGUGUAUGCCUUCCAAGCCUGUCUGGCUCCUGGCCAGGGCACACUUGCAGCGCACCCACCGGGUCUGUCGAUCUCCCCGCGCUUGGCCGCCCGAGAGGGUCAGCGGCCCGGGCUGCCUCUCCACAGUGAGAACAAGGUGCUCAUCCUCUUCUGCAACCUGGUGGGGUCAGGGCAGCAGGCUAGCAGGUUCGGGCCUCCAUUCCUGAUAAGGGAAGAUAGAAGCAUCUCCUGGGCGCAGCUCCAGCAGUGUAUUCUCAGUAAGGUCCGCUGUCUCAUGAGGAGUGAGGCCCCCGUGCAGAACCUGGGGUCUCUGUUCUCCAUCCGGGUUGUGGGCCUCUCCUUGGCCUGCAGCUACUUGUCCCCACAGGACGAUCGGCCCCUCUCUCAGUGGGCAGUCGACAGAGCUCUGCACCUGCGGAAGCCGGGGGGACCUCCCCACGUCAAGCUGGCCGUGGAGUGGGACAGCUCUGCCAAGGAGCGCCUGUUCGGGAGCCUCCAGGAGGAGCGGGUCCAGGAUGCCGACAGCGUGCGGCGGCAGCAGCAGGCACACCAGCAGCACAGCUGCACCCUGGACGAGUGUUUCCAGUUCUACACUAAGGAGGAGCAGCUUGCGCAGGACGACGCGUGGAAGUGCCCGCACUGCCAGGUCCUGCAGCAGGGCACGGUGAAGCUGAGCUUGUGGACCCUGCCCGACAUCCUCAUCAUCCACCUCAAGAGGUUCUGUCAGGUCGGGGAGAGGAGGAACAAGCUGUCCACGCUGGUCAAGUUUCCGCUGUCGGGACUCAACAUGGCCCCCCACAUGGCCCCGAGGGGCAGCAGCGCCACGACGGGGCCGGGCCCCUGGCCCUCCUGGCAGCAGCCGGCCUGCCUGCCCACCACCUACCCACUGGACUUCCUGUACGACUUGUACGCCGUCUGCAACCACCAUGGCAGCCUGCAAGGUGGGCAUUACACAGCCUACUGCAGGAACUCCCUGGAUGGCCACUGGUACAGCUACGAUGACAGCACGGUGGAACCUCUCCAGGAAGACGAGAUCAGCACCAGAGGGGCCUACAUCCUGUUUUAUCAGAAGCGGAACAGCAUCCCGCCCUGGUCAGCCAGCAGCUCCAUGAGAGGCUCCACCAGCUCCUCCUUGUCCGACCACUGGCUCAUGAGGCUCGGGAGCACCAACGGCAGCACGAGGGGGAGCCUGCUGUCCUGGAGCUCCGCCCCCUGCCCCUCGCUGGCCCGGGUGCCCGACUCUCCCAUCCUCACCCACAGCCUCGGCACUCAGGAAAAGGGAGGGCCGGAGGCCAGGUCCUGGGGACGAGGUGCCUGCGGCAGGAGCACCAGCAUGAAGGCGGCCGCUCCCCCCCGAACCAAGCAUGGGCCCUUCAAGACCAUGCCCCUCCGGUGGUCCUUCGGGCCCAGGGAGAAGCGAGCUGGGGCCUCUGCUGAGCUGGUCGAGUACCUGGAGUCCAGGCGCCGGCCUCGGUCCACGAGCCAGUCCAUCGUGCCACUGCUGACGGGCGCCGCUGGCGGGGACGAGAAGUCAGCCUCACCGAGGCCAAAUGGCACGGCUUCUGCUAAGGCUGAAGAUGGCGGAGGAGCCAGCGAAAGGGCACUGUCCACGGUGCCCUGUCCCCAGAGCUACCCAUGUCCAGGCCCGGUUCCUGGAAACCCAGCAAGGAAACUGAAGGAUCACGUGAGUCAGGACAUCCGGCUCCCCAAAAAGUUUGACCUGCCCCUUGCUGUGAUGCCCUCGAUGGAGAGUGAGAGACCAGCCCGGCCGGAGGGCCAGAGGGGCACGAGCUGGAAGGGCAGCGGCCACGUGGGAAGCCAGAGCAGCCCUCCUUCCCCCUCCACGGGGCUGUCCCAAGACAGUAGGGACAGUCGCCGGGAUCCCACAGCCAAGGCAGGGGUGACUGUGGGGGACACCGAGAGGGACAGACCCUUCCAGGGCACGCGCACCCUCCUGAGAUCUGUGUUUUGGAAGAAGGAGAACAGGAGGAUCGAAGUGGCCGAGGGCUCCCCGCCGCCAGGGAGUGGCAGGCUGAGCCCUGCCGUGGACCUGCAGGCUCGAGGCUCGUCCCCCACCCUCAGGGACAUCCAGUCUGCUCCCAGCUCCCUCCACCUGCCCCGCAAAGCCAGCAGGCCUCCGAGAGGCAGCGCCCUGGGCGUGGCACAGAGGUUUGUUCCUGGGGAGCAGACCCCCUGUGGCACCCUGCAGAGGGUGAAGUACCACACCCUUUCCCUAGGACGGAAGAAAAGUCUGCCGGAGUCCAGCUUUUGAUAGGCGUUGCUGUGUUGCAGGAAGCUGGCACUUUGCACUGAGCAGCUGCAGGCAGCCCUUGUUGAGGGGGCAUUUUCAGGAAGCCAGCUGUCUUGCGAUCCCUGAAAAAUCCUUUUUCUGGUCUCCGUUAUCUAGACUUGCAAACACCUAAUGUCCAAAUAAACCCAUGUCCAAAUA